UUGAUGCAUUAUAUUUUUAGAUCCCUCGUCCCAAGUGUAUCACUGAGGUAUUUCAACCUUCGUCUUAUAUAUAUAUAUAUCAUUAUCAGCACUAUAAUAGAUGUCUGUCUCUGGUCCUCAUGAUGCAUUGUUUUGUUUAUCUCUCCGAAUUUUAUGGACAGCACGAUGUGUUAUGCCCCGACGCGUCUGCAGGCAACAGGAACCUAUGGAGUAGCAAAAUUGUCCCGUCACCGACGCGCUUCCUCAUAAUAUUGGAGCAUGAUACUGUAAAGAAUAAUAUAUGCAAUGCUCAAGUGCACGGAUUGGUAGAUUGCUCCAUCAGUCUCAAAUUCUUCACAGACCGCCCGUGAUUCGCGCAGAAUAACGCUGAAACUGUUAGCAAGUAGAAAAGGAAUUGUAUUACAUGCAAUCUUUGUGUUUUUAUUUCCACACAUUGCCAGCAAUUAGAUUGAACAUGGACGGAAGUCGCACGUCUGGGUCCAAGCUGCAUCAUGUCGGAGGGAGGGUGAUGCUUAUUUGGAUGGCAGUAGCGUGUCUCGGCGUCUGUCUGGCAUUUGGCCCCAACAAGCUAGAAGACGAGGACUAUGAGGACGUUGCCAUCAAUAAAACAUGGGUUUUAUCACCAAAGGUCUAUGAGGGUGAUGUCACCUUGAUCCUGAACAAAUUACUACAGGGCUAUGACAACAAACUCCGCCCUGACAUUGGAGUUAGACCAACGGUCAUUGAGACUGCAGUGUACGUGAACAGCAUUGGACCGGUCGAUCCCAUCAACAUGGAGUACACCAUUGACAUAUUCUUCGCCCAGACUUGGUAUGACAGCAGGUUGAAAUUCAACAGCUCCAUGAAAGUUUUGAUGCUCAACAGCAACAUGGUGGGAAAGAUCUGGAUCCCAGACACCUUCUUUCGCAACUCCAGGAAGUCCGACGCCCACUGGAUCACCACGCCCAACCGACUGCUGAGGCUGUGGAGUAACGGGCGGGUGAUGUACACGCUGAGGUUGACCAUUAAUGCUGAAUGCUACCUCAAGCUGCACAACUUUCCUAUGGAUGAGCACUCCUGUCCCCUUGAAUUCUCAAGCUAUGGCUAUCCUAAAAAUGAGAUUCUCUACCGCUGGCAGAGGAGGUCGGUGGAGGUGGCGGACCAGCGGUACUGGAGGCUUUACCAGUUUGCGUUCGUGGGGCUGCGCAACUCCUCCGAAGUAGCGCGCACGCAGUCAGGAGAAUACGUGGUCAUGUCAGUGUUUUUUGACUUGAGCCGGCGAAUGGGUUAUUUCACCAUUCAGACAUACAUUCCCUGCAGUAUGAUUGUCGUGCUCUCCUGGGUUUCCUUCUGGAUCAACAAAGAUGCUGUGCCAGCAAGGACGUCCCUGGGGAUCACCACAGUGCUCACCAUGACAACCCUCAGCACCAUUUCCAGGAAGUCUCUCCCCAAGGUGUCCUAUGUGACGGCCAUGGACCUUUUUGUGUCCGUCUGCUUCAUCUUCACUUUCGCCGCGCUGAUAGAGUAUGGAACCCUGCACUAUUUCACCAGCAACAGGAAGUCCAAGAAUCUCAAAUCCAGCAUGACUCAGAAAUGUGGAGCAGUCAGAACAUCGCUGCUUCGGAUAAACAACAUCACCCCCUAUCAUGGAGAGGACCACAGCGACGAGUGUCUGGACGGUAAGGACUGCACCGGCUUCUUCUGCUGCUUCGACGACUGUCGAUCUGGGACGUGGCGUGAGAACAGGAUGCAUGUCCACGUCUCCAAGAUUGAUUCCUAUUCCAGAAUAUUCUUCCCCACGGCAUUUGGCCUAUUCAACCUUGUCUACUGGGUGGGUUACCUGUAUUUGUAAAAAAAAUAUAUAUAUAAAUAAAAAGAAAAUUAUUAUUAUUAUUAUUAUUAUUUAUUAUCAGACGAGGAGAAUGUUGAAAUUACUCUAAAAAAUAAUCUUUUUUUACUUCAGUGUUUGUCUCUGUGUACAUGCUAUCAAAGCUACCUUCAUGUGAAUGAAUAAGACAAUAAUAAAUAAGAAAUAUAACUAUAGUGAUCACAGGAAUAGCAAAGAGAGCUGAACAUGGACUGAAGUUUUGGUCAGACAAAUUUAAAAUAAAGCAAGACUUCUAUGGAUACUCAUUUCACUUUGCAUUGUUUUUAUAAGUGAACCAUCAUUCAGAAUACAAAACAUUUUUUCAAUAUGCCAUAAUAAUGAAUUUCAUUAAAUAGUAUUACUUUCCGAAGCAAUGAACAAAUGAGCAAAUGUUCUUCAAAGUUUAUUUUGAUUCUACGGUUGCAUACCUGUUUUGCUUCACAUAUACCAUUUCAGGUUGCAGAAUAUAUUUAGCGUAAAAGAUUAGACUGUCCUAAGGUUGAAUAUGUUUAGGCAUACCAAAAACAGAUACAACAUUAAAGCAGCUAAGCAGUUAAUGAAGCAUUUAAAUUAAUUUACUAAACAGGAAGGAAGCUUGUAUAGUCAUUAACGCACUGAUAUGUUCCAAGGGCGAUUUUACUUUCAACAGCUCAAUUAGUCAACAAGAUAUAUCAAGACUCAUAGUUCAGAAGUGAGUGAUAGAACCCAUUCGUCAUGCACUUUUUUGAGAUGAUGAUAGAAUUCAGUCCAGCGUUUCACCUAAAUCUAGUGAAAAUUCUCAAACACAUAUUAGUUUUAUCUUAAUAUGUUUAACAAAAAAAUGUUAAAUUACAUAUAAAAGGCACUGUUAAGCAUUUCUAAAAACACAUUGUUUAAGUCUAACAUUCUGUACCUUAUAGCAAAUGCAUUAUCAUUGAUAUAUACAGUAUAUAUCAAACGAUUUGCAUGUGGUUAAAGUGCAAACUCUCAGCUUAUAUUAAAGGGUAUUUUUAUACAUGUUUGUGUCAGCUUGCAGAAAUUACAGCACCUUUUAUACUUAACCCCCACUACCAUUUCAAGGCACCAUAAUGUAUGGAAUAAAUAGCAUCACAGGUUUUUCUGAUUAGUCCAGUUCAAUUGCUUUCUUAAUGCCGGUAUAAGACUGCUCCUGGGAUCUAGUCUCUAGUUUCUAGGCUUUUGGUUGCCUUUGGAGUUAUUAGCAUUUGUCAACAUGAGGACUAGUGUUAUGCCAGUAAAAUUCAAGAAGCCAUUUAGAGGUUGAGAAAUAUAUUAUUUAAAAAAACAGUCGAAGUCAAAGGUCAGACUUUUGGUUUACCAAAAUUAACAAUUUGAAGCAUCAUUAAGAAGAAUCGCAAAGGGCCUGGUAGGCCAAGGAAGACCACAACAGUUGAUGACAGAAGAAUUCUCACCAUAAAGAAAAACCCCAAACCUCCUGUCCAACAGAUCAGAAACACUCUUCAGGAUACAGCUGUGGAUGUGUCAGUGACCACUGUCCACAGAAGCCUUCAUGAACAGAACUACAGAGGCUACACUGCAAGAUCCAAACCAAUAUUAACCUCAAAAACAGGAUGGCCAGAUUAGACGUUUACUAAGAAAUAUAAAUACCCGCUUAUCCUGGUCGGUCAUGAGUGCUGCUGGAGUGUAUCUCAGCAUGCACUGGGCAAGAGGCUGAAAUACACCCUUGACAGGCCGCCAAUCUAUCACUGGACUGCAAAGAAUAUGUGACUACUAAACACUAAACAUGUACUAAACAAGACAACUGUCAUUUACAUUACAUUAAUGUCCCAAACGUUAUGGUCCCCUGAAAUUGAGGGACUAUGUGCUGUAUGAAAAGUGUGGUCAUUUCUACAUGGUGAAACCAAAGUGUAUAAAAAUAUGCACUUAGACCACAUGUAAAUUGCUAUAUAAGCAAACAGGGUCAGAAAUAUACAAAGGGAGUGGACAAAAAUACCCUAAUUUUUUUUAUAAAUUAUUUUGUCAACUAUCCCAAAGUGUUUAUUACAUAAAGUAUUGACUAAAGUCAUGGAGCAGAGACUGCAAAUUUGUUGAACAUCACGAUAAACUGAAAAUAAUUUUUUUUUUUUUUUUUUGUUAAUUUAUUGAAUUAACCAAUGAUCUCAUGCACAGCAGUGAGAAAUGACAAUAUAACAUGCACAACUGUAGGGUAACAAGUGUUUAUUUUAUUAUUUUAUUAAAGAGACAAUAUAAUGUAUCAACAUUUUAAUAUUUUAUUAUAUCGUUAUUAAUAAACUAAGAUUAUGUUGAGCAAAAGCUGGAAAUACACAUGUAAUGAUGUGCUUACACCUACAUCACACUCACAGAACAAGAAUUAUUUGAUAUUUCAUUAUAUUUAUAGUCAUGUUUGUUAGUUCUGAACUGCAAGACGUUGCCCACAUCAUAGCUACUAUGGAUCUGCCCAUAUAUGAGACGAGUAUGUCACAAUUACUGUUUUUGACUAAGCUGAAAUGUUAACUGUAAAUGGCCCCCAUUUGUUUUGAAAAUGCCCCUGGAUUUUAGUGAGUGCGGCCAAAUAUAUUUAAUAUUUAUAUUGUUUUCAUAUUUGUAUGGCCCAGCCAACUUCUAUAUUUCAUAAGAAAAAAAUAUUUAAAAAAUGGGGUGUUACAAUAAACAAUAUACUAUAUUAUGUUCAUCUGGAAAACAUUAGCAUCGUUUACAAAUGCAGUGCUUUAUUAUUCUUUGUAAUAAACUAUAAAAGAAAUGUAUUUUUCUUGAAGUAAAUAAAUCAGGUAAUGAAAAUCCAGUACUAUCUAUUUAAUUAAAAUGAUUGAAUUUUAUGGUGUAUUUUUAGCCAGUGAUUACUUUGUCUAAUUUAACAGAUUUCCGGAGGUCCAUUUGUUUUGCCUCAAUUCACCAACAUUUAAAAAAUAUUAUGUAGGUUUAAAAAAUGACAUCUUUAUAAAUCUAUCCAAUUUAUGCUAAAAUGUCAACUUGUUCCAUAAAAUUAAAUGAUAUGUAAAAAAAAAACAAUAAAAAAAACAUGUUAUUGGCUUGGACAUUAUAAACCAAAGAAUAACUCGAGAAAUUAUUAGGCAAGUUGCAAAAUGUGUUUUGUUGUUCAGACAAUUACUGCCUUAAUGAACUGUAGUCAUGUCAGCUUCUGAUUAAAAUUAAAGAAGAAAAGAAAAAGUAUUCAGUUUAUUUAUAAAAUGAGAACAUCUCAUUCAACAGUGAUAUAAAAUGUUACAUUCUGAAACAUAGCAUGUUAAAUAUGAUUUCUGAGAUUUUCUUUGAAAUUAAAGCUACUGAGCUAUUAAAAAGAAUGGUUGUUUGUGUUUUUCAAAUUAAUUUUAGGAACUCUCACAUCUUACUAUUUGCAGUGCAGUAUUAUUGUUUUGGCACUCUACUCAAGCCCAUUGGAUUUGAAAAAAAAUAAAAUUAAAAAAAUAAAAAUGAAUAUGAGAUUAAAAUGCAGACUAUCACAUUUAAUCUGAGGGUAUUUGCAUCCAUAUCAGGUGAACUGUUGAGGAAUUACAACCCUUGUCACUCACGAUAGACUGUGUAUGACUUUAUAAUAUUGCUUCCCAAUUCUUUUGUCAAAUUUGCUUUUGCCAAAUAGAAAUGAAUGCAUUAAGAGGCAUGUUAGCAUUGUAUACUAAGUUGUAUACACUACGAAAACGCAUAUUUACUUGUGUAUAUGUGCAUUGAGGCAAAUGUAAACAAUUGCAAUUUGCAGAAAAGAUACCCGCCCAAUCAUUCUAAGCUGCUAAAGUUGGUGAAGAAGUGAGGCUCACUCAAAUCGAUAGCAAAACUUUUCUAACAAACAGACGUUUGGGGACAUGUGAAAUCAAUUGCUUGUAACACUGCAAGGUACAUUCACUGUGACAUUUUAGUGGAAAUAUACCCUCUCUAUUGCUGUUUUUCUCAGUACAGCACCUUUUUUAUUGUAUUAUUUUUAUAUAUUAGAGCAUUGAUCUCUCUCUCUCUCUGUCUCUCUCACACACACGCACACACACAGAACAUAAGGCCAUUCUACAUCCAAAGAAUAUACAGACUAUAUAUGUAUGUAUCUAUAUAUGUAUAAAACAUCUCAUCACAAAGGCUGCAGUGUAACAGCAAUGCAAGACAUUACAAAAAAAGGCUAACUUCAAUGUGAAUUCUUGGAGAGUGUACAGUCAUAACAGCUGCCUUGCAUGCAUUGUAAUGUAUAAAUUGAGGUAUGUACUUCAGUGUAUUGAAAACAUAGAAGGAAAAACUGGAGAACAUACCAAUGUGGAGGGAUUUUUGUAGGCAGGCUAUGUGCAGCAUCUGAGGUAUGGUGUAAUUGCUAGGGAACUGGGCUGGUAAGCUAAAGGUGAACCACCCUUGAGCAAGGUGCUUGACCUGAAUUUCUUCAGUAAACUAUCCUGCUGUAUAAAAGGAUUUACCAUGUAAAACUGAGAACAAUGUGUAUGUUGCUCUGGAAAAGAGCAUAAACUGAAUGCCUGGAAUAUGUGAUAAUAAUGCAGCAGAUUAGUGCAGUUGAAACCUGUUUCACAUUGACAAUUAUGCUAUCUUGCAAUGUUAUAGAUGUGUAUAUAGAUAUACAGCAUUAAUAUUUUCAUAAUGUAAAAGAUCAAAACCACCAGCAAAAUCGCACCAGGAAAUGAAUUAAACUGGGAUAUAAUCAGACAGUGGAUGUGUGCAUCAGAAUAAUGUAUAUGAAUGGAAUGUGAAAUUAAACAUUUCUUGCUUAUUCCAUAUAUGAUACCAUAUGUGUUGCUGAUACCAUGCUAUAUCAAUCUAAACAUAUUCAUUAAGUACACUACACAAAAUAAACAUGUAAUAACAGCAGAUCUAGAAACAAAAUCAUUAUAUUCUGGCAGGAAAUAAAAUUCCAGAUUAUUAUAUAUCCAUGCAAUUUCCAUAUCAAAUCACAUAUCUAAUGAUAGGACAUUGGUUGUACAUAGCCUUGAAUUGACGCUAGCCCUAGGAGAGCCAUACCAAUGAGAAGUAUCUUAACAGCCGAUGUGCAGAUAACUGCAUGGCAGGACCAAUGGGCAAGGGGCAGCCAAUGACACUCAUCCUAUUUUACAGGGCCAAUAAAUUCAUAGAAUCAGGGUAAAGGUGUCUUAUUGUCUCUGUGAGAAAAUUGUUUUAUUUAUAUGAUCCAUGUGUGCUAUACAAUAUUUUUGAAUUGAUGCAAAAUAAUACAAUUGUGCCAUUGAUGACAUCUGAAAUUGAUUUUUAAUUUGUUUUGUUUGGACCAAAGUUGAAAGUCCUUUGUGUUGUAAUAAACUGUGCCCAACCCUGACAUAUGGAAGUUUCCACUGAGUUCGAUAUAUUUAUUUUCUUUUUGUAACUCUGUAAUUGUUUUUUUUUUUGUUUAUUGUUUUUUUCAUUAACAAUUGUCUGUCUCUGUAAAUUUCUGAAAAUUAUUCUAAUACACUGUGAAACAAAUAAAACAGUUCCUUAUG